GGGGGCUCUGGCCACGGCUGGUGACUGAGACUUCAGAGAGGGAAGCACCUGGGUCCGCUGAAGCCCACGAUAACCAAAGUCCCAUCCACAUUGUAACUCUCAGGUUCAGACCACCGAGGCUCAGAGACCUGAUCAGUCCCAGCUCAAACACACCAGGUCCGUGGCUGAGACGGGGAGAGAACCCAGGAGUCCUGGCUCCCAGCCCCAGUGUCUGCCUGUUAAUCACCUGACCUGUCAGCGCUUGCUGUCCUACAGGGCCCACGUGACCUUGUGGUCUGCUCCGUCAUGACAAAAGUGCUCAUCGCCCUCUGUGUCCUCAGCGCUCUCCAAGCGACCGCAGCAGCUCAGAACGAAACGGGGACGCCUCUGGCCUGUUUCUAUUGCAAAUCUGGGCAAAGCUGUCACACCGUCCCCCAGACCUGCUCCCCGCCCCAGGACGCCUGCAUCAUUGUUCAAGAACACAACACAUUCGGCGCGGAGAAUUCGGGCACGUACCAGUCCUGCGCCGACUCCCGCCAGAGCCUCACGGGCUUCCUGGCUUUUUACUUCGGGGCCAAGGUGGCCGUGGAGAUCCGGUCAGAGAUUUGCAAGAGCGGUGACUGCAGUGCCGAGUCCACGCCCUCCAGGCAGGCUAUCAGCAACGUCCCCAACGGGCUGCAGUGCCCGGCCUGCUACGCCCCGGGCUUCGAGAGCUGCGAGAGCGACGGGAACCUGCGCUGCACCGGAGGUGCUGACCAAUGUGCUGCCGUCGGCGGGACACUGGCGCAAGGUGGUGUCGCGAUCCCGUUUGCAGGCCGGGGCUGCGCUACCCGGGCGGCCUGUGAAAUCAAGACGCUGGAAUCGGGGGUGUUCACCUACAAACUGACCAAUGUCCAAUGCAGCCCAGCGCCCAAAGCGCAGACCAGCAGCGCCACCCCGACUCUGGCCUGGGGUCCCUUCACCCUGGCCAGCAUCGUCCCCCGGGUCCCCCUUUUCCUCCCUUUCCUUCUGGGGCUAUUCCUCUGCUAAUGCCCCAUCUGCAUGACUGGCCGCCCCACAGGCCAUUAGUGUCUCAGUAUAACCAACGAGCUCUGCCUUUCCCCGCGCCUGACUG